AUGUAUUCCGAAACGGAGAAGCCACUACCAACAACAACAACAACAACAUCAACAACAACAUCGGUACCUCCGCCGGUUGUGCGAAGGCGAGGUCGUGGUACAUUUAAUCAACCACUACGUGCAGAUCAACCCACCACUGUUACUAUUAACAACAAUAAUAAUAAUGCGGCAAACGAUGGGGCCUCUGUACUCACAACAGUGACGACGGCCGUACUUCCCGCCGCCUCCAUCGUCUCAUCUCAACAACGGGCACCGGAGGAACAUCUCGCGGCGGAGUACGGCGGGCAGAAGAGAGAUAUUCCUCUCAACAUGCGUGAGAACUUUGGUGUGUGUGAAACCGAACAUGAGGCGGACACCGUUCGUCAAUUACUCUUUCGAGGAGAAAAACGUCGUCGUUAUUGUGUGAUUGUGGGAGAACUGCAGAAUCCCAAUAGACCUAUUACACUUAAACUAUUUGGUCAUAAAGGGCUUAAACCGUUUAAACUGCAGAAUAAACUUAUUCGUUUGGUCAACAUCAGUGUGGGAAGACCACGGGCACCACGUCCUGCAAUGGAUGGCACAGAAGAUGAGAUGCGGCAUCACAAUGAUGAUGAUAGUGAGAACAACAGCGACGAGGAACAUCAAGAAGUGGAAAAGGGUGAGAAGGAAGUGAGACAUGAAGAAAUGAACAACAAUAAUAAUAACAACAACAACAAUGAGAGUGGACAACUGCAAGAAGAACGAGAAGGAAGUUACAGUAAACAACAAGAACAACAAGAACAAGAUGAAACUUCUAUCCCAAAAGAAGAACGAUCCCCACAAGAGGAUCAUCAUGAAGACGAAAAAUCAGAUCAACAUAAUUCUGCUACGAGAACAGGUAGAAGUUCUUGUGUACACGAAGAUGUUGAUGGAUAUACAAAUUUAGAUGAUGUUCUUCCACUUACUGUUGAGAUGCGUGAUGCCAAUGCCACUAAUAUUGGACAACCAUCAUCUGUAGCAAACAGUCCUGUUCUCACCGCAACACGCUUUGAUACUCUUCAAAAAUAUUUCUUUAAUGAAUUUAAAUAUCUUCUUAGCUUAGAGGAUGUUCGUAUGCAGCAUGUCUCUAUUAAUUUAAAUCUUGGGGCAGCUUACUGUUGCCUUGCUCGAGAAGGAUCAUACAGUACACCACUUAAGUAUGCCAGUUUCAGUGAAUUUGUACAACGUAUGAAUGAGGAAUCUAUGCAACUAUAUUUCCUUAAGGAUGCCCCAGCGUGUGUGUCUCGUGCGGUAGAUAGAGAAUGUGGAGCACUUCAAUCGGAGGCGGUCUUUUCACUUGUUAAGAUUUGUUUCUUUUCAAAUGAACGUCAAAGUCGUUCAGUGGCGAGGGCAUUAUGGGAUGCUCAUGAGAAUCGUUUUGUUCUUCUCGAUAUGGAGAACUCCGGUGUGACCUUUACAUGGACGGUAUUCUCUGUGGAUGAAACAGGCAUAGAGAGUAGUGGGGCAAACACCACCAACACUAAUAAUAAUAACAAUAAUAAUAACAACAAUACAUCCACAACGGGAUCUACAGAUGGAAAUGGGGCAUUUCGUAAGAAAACGGUGGCAUUUCCAUUUGAACUCGAACUUCACGCCUACCGUCGAUGGAAACAACACACUGAACAUCCUGCUGCUCCUAUUGCAGAAGCUAUUCUUGAUAAGCUUUCACUUGCCGAACACAAUUUAAUUCACUACGGUUCAACCAUUGGUUAUGAAAGUAUGGAUCUUUCCCAUGUCUGUGAGGUGGAUGCGGAAUCUGAGGACUUUAAUGUGGAAAGUAUUAUCGUUGAACACACCGCACGAGUAAAGCCACGGGGAACCGAUCUCACUGUAGACAGUACAUCCUCUUUAUGGAUUGAAAACUUUGCUGCGGCUCGGGCGUUAAAGAAUCGCCUUGCCCAAGGUCUGGUGGAUCGCAACAGCAGUGUGUACAGCAGCAAUAAUAAUAAUAACAGCAGCAGUAUGGGAGGCCACAGUGGACGGGACCGCACACGGGGCCGGGGCCGCGGUCCACCGCUGCCGCAUCUCUCGAAGCCGCAGACACUCACGCCGACUUCUCGUUUGACAUUCUUCCGCUCACGUGGGAGUACUGUGCAUUGGAAAUUGCGGCCGGGCUGCAGUGCGGAGGAGAAUUUGGCGCCACUUAGUGAGGCCCUGCGGUUUGCACAGCAGGUGAUUAAUACCGCAAAUGAGAUUGAACGAACGUCUGUGCGGGGUGGUGCUGCCCCAGAUGCUUUGUAG